AUGCUCAAACGAUGCCUCUCGAGAAAUCGAGUUUGGACCGCGAAUUGUCGGAAAAACCACAAUACUGCAAUCUUGAAGUACCUCCGGGAAAAUAAGGCCAUCGUGGGAUCAACACUAUAUCAGGGAGCGCUUUACGAACAUACAGUAGCCCGAGAGCUGGGGGAAAAAUUGGCGAUGGAUAGCCUCGAGAUCUGUGGCGGUUCUUACGACGCAGGGAUUGAUAUCCGCGGUGAGUGGCCUGUGGAUAAAAUAUAUAACAGAUGUCGCGAUCGACUGAAGCUUGAUGGAUCGUCGAUACCGAAGAAAAUGACAGUGAGUGGGGCUCAGUUCAAACCUAUUUUCCACAAAUUGAAUUCCGGUCGCGAAUUUAAGCCUUUGCACGUCCUGGUCCAGUGCAAGGCUUUUACCAGCGCCAAAAUAACGGGCAAGGAGGUUCGCGAAACCAUGGGGGCUUUUUCCUCCGCAGUGCCCGCCAGCAAGAGGAACCAGCAUAUACUGGUGAUGAGCUCACCGAACUUCUUGACUCGCGAUGGGCUAAAUGUCAUGAACGGACUGGCGGUGCCGUUACUCUAUGUCAGGGUUGAGAUGUUCAAGUCUCACCAAGGGUGGUACGAUAUUGAAGGAACAGGCAAAUUACAGAACUACUAUGAAAACGAGUACGCUUCGAAUCUGUUGCAAGGCUGUGGCGUAUCGCACUGGCUCAAGUUCCGCGAAUAUCGUCGUUAG